UGGAAUAUUGACUACACUGAUGGAGAAUGAAAACGAACGAGCGACACUCUUUCAUGAUAGUGGGCGUUGGGCAGUUUGUUUGAAUCAUUUAUUUGUUUUGUUAGUUUAUUACAAGUAUUAAUAUGCAAUGUAAUAUAACAUAACGUAGAAUCAUAUUGAUUGGGAAUUCCGUUAUUGAGAUGUAUAACAAAUGUCUUAAUUUUACUGUCAUAUUUUAUGCGGUGUGACAAUUGAAAAACAUUCGCUACAAUAAUGACAACUGAUCACAUCGAUGCUUUCCUGCCGUUUACUUUGAAAAAAGAACAGAAUGUCUACAAUGACAAUGGCAAUAAUAUUAGUUCGGAUAAUGUUAACGACUUCUCAUCUGUGUCUUUACCGACACUUUCUAUAAAUGAUUAUAUUAUUGACGACGAAUCCAACAAUGAGUUUUUACGUCUCACUCCAAUGGUCCGUGCGGUUUAUCUAACUUAUCUUGUCAAAUGUUUACUUAACAAUUAUACAACUUAUUAUAAUCGAAAUGACAACAAUAUCCCAAGUGUCCAAGUGAAAAAAUGUGCAGACCAAAUGGAACUGCAUGCUGUCCAGUUAGCACUAGAAGCUAACUUAUAUAGGCAAAAUAUGUUGAGAAUGAUUGCAGAUGUAAGAUCGCAUACAGUCGAAAAAAAAAUAUAUAAACAAUUAGUAAUGUUUUUAGAAAAACCUAAAGAUAGAAUUGACUGUGCUGUACAAACAGAUGACACGUGGAUGGACUUGGCAGAAAUGUACCGAAUAAAUGUACAAAAUGUGUCUAUCACAUCUGUAAUAGAUUGUGAGAAACCAUUGCAAGUAGCAUUACCUGUUACGAAUUCUAAUAGCUUCUGCAAAAGCGAGAGUGUUACAAAAGAUUCUAAUAAUGAAAUAGAUAUACUGCAAAGCAGAUAUGUUGCAAAGGAUGAAUCUAACAGCGCUAGUCAAGAAAUUGAGAUUCAGGAUGAGAUUGAUUCUCAUAUAAUGGAUAACAUAUCUGUCAGAAAUGACGAAAAUUCACAAGAUUCUUUAUUACAACAUAUGCAGGACAUGUUUUGCGAAAGUGAUGAUAGUAGUGAUAUUACAAGAUUAAUUGAGAAACAUUCUGGUGUUACUAAGGCAAAUAUCGACAAAGAAAUUAAUAAGAUGUGUUCAGAAGCGGAUACUAUUGCAACUUCGAAUCUCUUUCACGUCCCAUUAGAUAGUAAUGUAUCAAAGCUGAAUGUAGCAAAAGUAAAUACAAAUGAAGGAAGACUUAGCUUUAACCGUUAUAAGGAAAUUCAAAGUAAAAAAAGCAUUAAACCCAAAAAAAUUAAUGUUACUGAAGCUGUUGAAAUUAAAUCAAAACAGAAGAUAAGUGCUAUUUGGUUUGUGGAACGUGUGCAUCAAGUUUCAAAAUUGAAAGCUAAGAUGACCGAGUUAUCGCUGACAAAUUAUCAAAGACACAGAAGAAUUAAAAAAAAAUUUCUUAUUUUAUUCGGGGAAUUUGAGGAAGAAGAAAUGAUGCCGGAUUCACCAAUCUGUAUAGAGGAACAUUUAUCGGCCUGCAAAGAAAGAAUAGCACCUUGGAUUGUGAAAUAUUUAAUGCCAUUCUACAAAAAAAAAAUCAAAGACCGUCAGCUAUUCAAAGCUGUUGCAAAGUACAUCGCAGAUAUGCUCAUUCUAGAAAAUACUUUUCCAGAACAAGAGUGUGUAAACAAGUAUAUAGAAGAUUACUUCAAAAACAAAAAAUUUAUUAAGACUAAACAGGAUAUAUAUCUAUAAAAUAACUGGUUUUUACACUACGCAAGAAUUUAUGUCGCAGUAGUCAGAAAAAAAUAGUGAAGAUAAUUUACUCGUAAUCACUUUGUUACAUAAUAGAGACCCUUGUUACAUUAGUAUUGUGUUGUGAUUUCAGUUUAUUACAGUUAAUAUUAACGAAACCAUCGUGAGUUGAAUCAAUUUGUCAAUAUAUAAAUAGCGCAAUAAUGUAUUACAAUCUACAUAAAAUGAAUAUUCUCUUCGUAGUGAAUGUAAAAAGUUUAAUGAUUAUUUUGUGAUGUAUAAAGGUAUAAAGUUAGUAAAGGAUGGAGUAUCAAGAUAUAA